UUCAAGAAAAGAAGAAAAGUUUUAUUCUCAAAUUCGCAACGAUAUAUUGUCCAAAAAGCUUAAUCAUCAAAUAAUUAGCCAGAGGAUAAGAGAAAAUGAGAAUUCAACAAAAAGAAAAGAAAAUAAAGUUUUGUGUUUUUGCAACUUCUGUUGUACUAAAUCUUUGGAUAAGAGAAAGCAGAUAUCGGAGACAAAAUGCAUCUUUGAUUGUUUCUAUUGUGUUAAAUCUGAAAGUCGUCAGAAUUCAUUGUUUAAGAAGAGAAAAGGAUCUUUUUGUGGGCAAAUUAAGGAGCAACCAAAAGUUGGGAAUCACCUUACAACCAUAAUGCAUACCUUAUCAUUAAAAUCAGAAUAUGAAGACAUGGUCAUAUCUCAAGCAGAAGAGGCUCUUCCAGUUGCAAAUGAAAACGAUGCAAUGCAAAUUUUUACAUACAAAGAAAUUGCUACAGCAACAAAAAACUUCAGUGAAGAUUGCAUUCUAGGCUCCGAUGAGUGUGGAAGAGUAUACAAAGGAGAACUACAAGAAGUAAAUGAGAUUGUAGCUAUUAAACAACUUCAGAGGAAUGGAAAUCAAGGGGAAAAUGAAUUCUUUGGUGAUGUAGUGAAGCUCAGUUUCCUUCAUCAUCCCAAUCUUGUAAAACUGCUUGGAUAUUGCUCUGAAGAAGAUCAAAUAAGUCUAGUGUACGAGUAUAUCCCCUUCGGCUCAUUACAAAAUCACCUUUUUGGUAUAUUUGUCAAAUAA